CUCAAUGUUCGUCAUCCAAACAACACCUCAUCACUAUGGACACUCUUGAUGGCUUGCAUAAUAGCAUCAUUGCUAUUGAUCAUCAUGCUCAAUAUCAAUAUGAACACUGGUGACACUCAACAUUUUACCUCAACAUCAUCGACACCGACAUCGACAUCGACAUCAAGCAAACAGCAACAACAUCAACCUCAACAUGAAGAACAAAGACUUGAAAGGAAAAGGAUCAAUGAACUUGAGAAGAAUACUUUGUUCCAAAGAGUGCUUGAUGAGGUGAAUAGAGAGUCAAAGUUGGUAUCACCAUCCACUCAGUAUGCAGCCAUACCAAUGAAUGAUCACUUGACACUCGAUCCAAUAAUUGAUCAAUCAUUGCUCAAUGAUACUACAUGGAAGCUCAACUCAACUCUUAAUCCAUUCCUCCUUGGCAAACCAUUGAUCUUCAUUCACAUUCCAAAGACAGGUGGUACAUCAUUGGCCUUGCAAUUCGAGCGCAAUGAAGUCCGCGGCAAGUUCAGACAUUACUGGUCACAUCCAGCAAUCGAUGACCUAAGAUCACUUGGAGACAUUGAUACAGUGUUUGGUCAUGUUCGUUAUGGUCUACACUUCUACUACCAAUCACUCAAGAAGAAGCAGAAUGGUUCAGCAUCAUCAUUGAACUCUUACUCAUAUAUGACCAUGUUUAGGGAGCCUGUGGACAGAGUAGUAUCACAUUAUUAUUAUCAUCGACAAUAUGGACUUGCACUCAACUACACUCUUGACGAAUGGAUACGUCGGAGUCCAAUGGCAAACAAUGGACAAGCAAGAAUACUAUGUGGAACAGACGUAUUUAUAUCCAAUCAUGAAAAAGACAUUGAACAAUGUGCAUUGCAUCACUUGAAGUAUUCAUUCAAGUUCAUAGGUAUAACAGAGAGGUUCGCCGAGUCUUUGGCAUUGCUUACUCAUUACGCUGGGUUCCAGAGAGUUGAAUAUCAAAGGUCUAAUCAAGGAAAGCAACGACCUCAAUCACUUGAUGGUAUACCAUUGGCAACGAUAGAGGAGAUCAAACAAAGGAAUAGCAUUGACAUAAUGCUUUACCAAUUGGCGAUGGAGAUAUUUGACCAACAAGUGGACGCAGUUGGAAGGUCAUUCAUUCAAAAGGAAGUUGAACAAUUGGAAAGAUCCCAAGACUUU